CUUCUCCGACGACGUGUUUUCUCUACCUAUUAUAACUUUGCUCUGAAGGCUUGAAGGCUGUUGGGAAGCCACCUCGUUUGACGACCUCGAGAUGCCUUCCGCGGAUCAUGGUCAGAUCUUUAAGGCAACUUACAGCGGUAUUCCUGUUUACGAGAUGAUAUGCAAGAAUGUUGCUGUUAUGCGCAGAAAGUCAGACAAAUGGCUGAAUGCAACACAAAUAUUGAAGGUGGCUGGGUUCGACAAACCUCAGCGCACGAGAGUUUUGGAGAGGGAAGUUCAGAAGGGACAGCAUGAAAAAGUUCAAGGGGGUUAUGGAAAAUAUCAAGGCACUUGGAUUCCCAUGGAUCGCGGGAUCGCUCUUGCAAGACAGUAUAACGUGGAACAUCUGCUCCGCCCUAUUAUUGACUUCGUUCAUGCGGAAGCGAGCCCGCCACUCGCACCCAAGCACAUCACAGCGCCUCCUGCCAAGCCGAAGCGUCGUGAGGUGGGCGGUCCACCCGGGCUAGGCAUUCGUGCGAGUACGGGCAGAGGUGCAUUGGUACAGGGUUCGGACGAUGAGUCCAUGCGAUCUGGAUCUCCACAUAUCAGUGACGAGGAGUCUACCACCCCAUCCCCCUCGGUUCAUUCCCAAAGCUCAAGAACACCCUCUCCGAUCGCCUCUGGGAACGCUUCCGACUCUGAAGCAGAUCACGAGAUGGAUAUUGACGGUGACAUGAUUUCUCCGCAAGUUGCAUCUUCCACCCGACAACCUCGAAAACGGAAGAAUGGCCGUGUCCAAUCGCGACCUGCACAACAUUUGCAACUUGAUGAGAGCCUAAAAGACACGUAUGAAGAGAUAAUCCUGGAUUAUUUUCUUUCAGAAUCCCAGCAAACACCCGACGUUCUUGUUAACCCGCCUCCGGAUUUCGAUCCCAACGUCGUCAUUGACGAAGAAGGUCACACUGCUCUGCAUUGGGCUUGCGCCCUUGGGCGAGUGAAGGUGGUAAAACUCCUCCUCACCGCAGGUGCAGACCCAUUCAAGACGAAUAAAGAUGGCCAGCCGCCUCUCAUGCGGGGUGUCAUGUUUGCAAAUAACUACGAUAUGCGCAAAUUUUCCGAGCUUUUUGAGAUGUUGCAGCGUUCCGUUCUACACGUGGAUAAUUUUGGUCGAACCAUCUUUCACCAUGUCAUUGACCUAGCUCUAACGAAGCAGAAGACGCAUGCGGCUCGAUAUUACUUGGAAACUUUGAUCACUCGCAUGGAGCGUUUCGCGCAGGACCUAUCAGAUCUGCUCAAUUUGCAAGAUCUAGAGGGAGACACACCUCUCACCCUUGCGGCCCGUGCCCGUAGCAAACGUCUGGUGAAGAUGCUGAUUGAUCACGGUGCCAAUCCGAAAGUUCCAAACAACGAUGGCAAGUCUGCGGAAGACUAUAUUCUGGAAGAUGAGCGCUUCCGAGCGUCGCCCCCGAUCAACUACAAACCCAUCACGACGGCUUCUACCCCUCUUCAGUUAUAUUAUUCACGUACCGCACAGAAAGUUGCUGGAGAUGUGACCCGUGAAAUGGCGUCAUUGUUGGAAAGUCUCGCGGCAACGUACGAAGGCGACAUGCAAGAGAAGGAAAGGGAUCUGAUACAAGCUACUUCUCUGCUACAAAACAUACAAGCCGAAAUUCUUGAGAGUCAACGAGCGGUUGCGCAGCUCAAAGAGAGGGCCGAAGGUUUUGACAACGUGCAGCAACAACUCUCGGAGCUUGAGGGACGACUAUCCCGCAAUAUGGGACGUCAAUACCGUCUAGGUUUCGAAAAAUGGAUGAAGGACGAGGAAGAUCGAGAAAAGGCGUGGCUGUCGUCCCCUGACGGUAUGCGGUAUCGCCUCGGGAUGAGCAGCAGUCAGGCCAAGGGUAAAGGCAAGGCAGAGUCAGAAGAAUUCAGUGAUCUGCAUGCGUUGCACACCUUGCCCACGGAUUCAGCCGAAAUACAACGCGAGUGUGAAGCAUUACGAGAGGAGCUCAGGAGUUACCGAACCCGUCGGGAAGCAGCGAUGCAAGGCUUCGUACAACAGUUGGCUGAGGCCGGAACGGGUGGUAGGAUGGCUGAAUAUCGGCGCCUAAUUGGAGGAUCGCUGGGUAUCCCACCUGAUGAGGUGGACGGUUUAGUGGAUUCCUUACUGGAGGAUCUGGAGACAGAAGAGCCCGUGGUCCCCGCAUUUCCGGAGCUGACAGGAAUUCCGAGUCAAUAA